AUGGUAGUCGUUUCCGAUCCUUCACAAAUGGAAUCCGCUCUUCAUUUUGCACGGAAAGCCUCUUUAAUAAGAACGCUGACGAUUGGAAUGCUGUUUCACUUCUUCGUUCCAUCUAUAACAGAAAAAUGUGAAUUCAUUGGACCUGCCAUCUUGAGUCCAGACGAAUGGCUCCUUUACGGACAUGGCAACAUGAUUCCUGCUAAUCUCAAAGUACCAAAGGAUGCUCACAACGGCGCUGCAGUAACGUUAGUGUAUCCUGACGGAAAUCGAAAAGGCUUUUUUGUUACUAUCGCCCUUAUCAAGAAUGAGGUCAGUGGGCAUCUUAUUUGA